AUGUUUCCUGAGUUGACUAAAGGACACAGCUAUGAGGAGUGCAAAGGCACGGCGGACUGGCUGCUGGCUCAGACCGAUGUUCGGCCCACUAUCGGGAUCGUGUGUGGCUCUGGGCUGGGGGGGCUGGCGGACAUGUUGAAAGACCAGGUGGCGUUCAACUACAAGGACAUCCCCAACUUCCCUCAAAGCACGGUCCAUGGACACGCUGGCAGACUGGUGUUCGGGACGUUGAAAGGAAGACCAUGUGUCUGUAUGCAAGGCCGUUUCCACCUGUAUGAGGGCUACACUAUCCAAAAGAUCACAUUCCCGAUGCGCAUCUUCAAACUGCUGGGAGUAGAGACCGUUAUUCUGACAAACGCAGCAGGAGGACUGAACGAAGAUUUAAAAGUGGGAGACGUAAUGAUCAUCAAGGACCACAUAAACAUUCCCGGCUACGGAGGCUUCAACCCGCUCGUCGGACCCAAUGACGACAGGUUCGGCCUGCGUUUCCCGUGUAUGUCCGACGCGUACGACCGCGAGCUGAGGCAGCUGGCCAUGAACGUGGCUCAGGAGCUGGGCUACGAGGACUUCAUGAAGGAGGGGGUCUACUGCGUCCUGGGGGGUCCUUCCUUCGAGACCAUCGCCGAGUGUAGAAUGCUUUUCCGACUGGGAGCGGACGCCGUCGGCAUGAGCACGGCCCCGGAGGUGAUCGUGGCGAGGCACUGUGGGAUGCGCGUCUUCGCCCUGUCGCUGAUCACGAACCAGGCCGUGAUGGACUACGACAGCCAGGAGAAGGCCAACCACGAGGAGGUUCUGCAGACCGGGAAGCAACGGGCGGAGCAGCUGGAGAGACUGGUGUCCACGAUGGUGACCCGGAUCGAGCACAACAACAACUACGCUUAA